UUGGUCUUUAGAGUGUUCACUGUCCAAACAUUUAUAAACCCAGCAAUGCUUAUCUACCAUCCUUACAAAAUAUCAAUCUCCCAAGGCUCAGGCUUUUGCAUGCACAUACAAAUAUAGCUUUGAUUCAAGCUGACAGUAAGCAAGACAAGUGUUUAGUGACACUAAAGCUAACCACAAUGAGCUACCAAUCAAACCCAGAGGUUGAACUUCCUGGCUUUAGAUUCCACCCAACGGAGGAAGAAUUGCUAGAAUUUUACCUUAGAAACAUCGUUUAUGGCAAGAUGUUGAGUUAUGAUGUAAUUGGAUUUCUCAACAUCUAUCACCAUGAUCCUUGGGACCUGCCUGGGUUGUCAAAGGUUGGAGAGAGAGAAUGGUAUUUUUUUGUGCCAAUAGACAGGAAACAUGGGAAAGGAGGGAGGCCUAACAGGACUACUAAAAAUGGGUUCUGGAAAGCCACCGGUUCUGAUCGGAAAAUUGUGAGCUUAUCGGAUCAGAAAAAGAUGAUUGGCUUCAAAAAGACACUUGUUUUCUAUAAAGGGAGAGCUCAACGAGGAUGCAAGACUGAUUGGGUUAUGAAUGAGUAUCGUCUCCCUGAUGCUACUUUGCCCAAGGACAUAGUGAUGUGCAAAGUAUAUAGGAAAGCAACAUCCUUGAAAGUGUUGGAGCAAAGGGCAGCAAUGGAGGAAGAGUUGAAGAACACAUCUCUUCCUUCAUCAUCUUCAUUCUCAUCCAUGGACACCAUCUCUUUCUGCACACCAAAACAAGAUUUGGUGGUCUUCAAGAAAGAAGAAGACGAGGAAGCAAUGGUGAAAGAGAAAAGAUCAGAUGGAAUAGCAAAGGAACAGAAGAAAAUUUCUUCUGCAUCUUUGCAAUUACCAUUAGGCAAUGAAAAUAUGGGACAACUUCAAAUACCCAAAAUGUUGACUGAUUGGACCCAAGAUCAGUUUUGGGCUCAGUUAAAUAGCCCUUGGUUCCAAAAUCUUACACCCUACGUUGCCAAUAUCCUCAACUUUUAAAUCUAAUGUUCUCUUACUCAAGUUUUGUCAA